UGAGAUGUAGCAUAAUUUUGGUCGAAAUUGAGUCAACAACAGGACUUUGCUUUUGUUCAUGCUGUUGUACGUUUACCAGCAGCAUGCAGCGAGCACAUCUCGACGUGAAUCGUCGCAAUCAUGUUUAAUUUUCCCGCGCAUGUUUUUUUUUGUUUUUGUUUUACAUAAUCAAAGUUGAUCUUACCGAAAAGUAACAAACCUAGGCAUAAAUAUGUAUUUUAGAACCAAAUGGCCAAUAAGUUAUAAAACAUCUUUUUUCUGCAGGUACAAGUGAUGUAGAAAGCCAGCGCAUUCCAUUCGGUGCGGGAUGAAAAACAGCUGAAACACCAACAUGGCCGCUGUCGUUAUCGGCUCAAAUGCAGGUGUUGUGCACCGUGGGGUCGCGUUCUCUACGCCGUGAGACGGCGGCAUUCGUGCCACAGUGGAAGUCACAACGUCCGCAGCCAACCCCAUCACUGCGUCACCCUUCCUGGUCUGAGAAGCAAGAUGAAAUUCACUGAACAUUUGGCCGCGCACAUCACGCCCGAGUGGCGCAAGCAGUACAUAUUGUACGAGGAAAUGAAGACAAUGCUUUAUGGGGCGGUGGAAAGAGCCCCAUCUGCCGAAGUGGUGGAGCAGAGCAUAAUUACAAGGUACCUGGCAUCGUUUGAUGAAGAGUUCUUCCAGUACUGUGACAAGGAGCUGGCCAAGAUCAACACUUUCUACUCAGAAAAACUAGCAGAGGCGACGCGAAAGUUCAGCAACCUCAAGUCCGAGCUGAACAACUACAUCAGCAAGCUGGAGUCGCAUCGGCUGAGUAGCAAUGUGGCUGCCGCAGGAGGGGGCCGACUGGGUCUGAUGCGGGCCUUCGACCGGCAGGCACAGGAGGUCAAGAUCCACACACGCAAGAUUCAUGACCUGAAGCUGGCCUUCAGUGAGUUCUACCUCAGCCUCAUCCUCCUGCAGAACUACCAGAACCUCAACUUCACCGGCUUCCGAAAGAUCCUCAAGAAGCACGACAAGCUCUUGGGGACGAACCUAGGUGCCCAAUGGCGCCAGGGCAACGUGGAGGCAGCACCGUUUUACACCAACAAAGACAUCGAUCGGCUCAUUCAGGAGACAGAGAGCUUGGUGACCUCCAUGCUGGAAGGCGGCGACCGACAAAAGGCCAUGAAGCGGUUACGAGUACCUCCGCUUGGUGAUCAGCAAUCCCCUUGGGUGACGUUCAAAGUGGGUCUCUUUUCUGGUGCCUAUAUUGUACUCAUCAUUGCAGUGAUCCUUUCAGGUGUUUUUAGCCAGACGCGGGACGACUGGCGCAUCGUGUUUCGCCUCUACCGGGGCACACUGCUUAUCAUCCUGUUUAUGUUCCUCAUUGGAGUCAAUGUGUAUGGCUGGCGGACAUCUGGUGUCAACCAUGUGCUGAUUUUUGAGCUCGACCCCCGGAACCAUCUUUCUGAACAGCAUCUCAUGGAGAUGGCAGCCAUCUUUGGUGUCCUGUGGGCGCUGAGCGUGCUGGCGUUCCUCUACUCGGGCCCCCUGGCCAUCCCCACGUACGCCAACCCUCUUGCCCUGCUUCUGCUCAUGUUGGUGUUCCUGGUGAACCCGUUGCAUACCAUGAGGCACCAGGCGCGUUUCUGGCUGCUGCGGGUGCUGGGUCGCAUCUUUGCAGCUCCCUUCUUCUACGUGGGCUUUGCGGACUUCUGGCUGGCCGACCAGCUCAACAGUCUAGUGCCUGUGUUCAUUGAUGCACAGUAUUUCGUCUGCUUCUAUGCCACGGAUUUCCAGUGGAUGGAGAACAGCGACGCCACCCGCUGCAUGAACCAGCCUGUGAACCUCGCAUUGCGGCCCGUGUUGGCAUGCCUGCCAGCCUGGUUCCGGUUUGCUCAGUGCCUGCGUCGGUACCGGGACACGCGGGAAGCUUUCCCACAUUUGGCCAAUGCCACCAAGUACGCCACUACGUUCUUCGUCGUGCUCUUCUCGACCCUCUUCAAUGUCUACAGGGACAGCUACCCAUCGUCGAGCAGCCACCCAUUCUUCAUCCUGUGGAUCCUGUCGGCAGUGGUCAGCUCGUGCUUCACCUACACUUGGGACAUCAGGAUGGACUGGGGUCUGUUUGAUUCCAAUGCCGGCGAGAACCGCUUCCUGCGCGAGGAGAUUGUCUACUCCUCCUCGGGCUACUACUACUUUGCCAUCUUGACGGACCUGGCACUGCGCUUUGGAUGGACAUUGUCAGUGUCCCUAACGGAGCUCGGUGUCAUCCAUUCGGACCUUAUGGUCACCAUCCUCGCGCCGCUCGAGGUCUUCAGGCGUUUUGUGUGGAACUUCUUCCGGCUAGAAAACGAGCAUCUGAACAACUGCGGCAAGUUCCGAGCAGUGCGGGACAUCUCAGUGGCACCGAUCGAUGCUGGAAACCAAGCACUCUUGGUACGCAUGAUGGACGAGCCGUGUGGCGUCGUCAACCGUGGGGGCCGACGGGACCUUCGAAAACGAGCCAACAAGCAUAAGAAGUCAUCGCCGGAGACGAAGAUACUCCUUGAAACUGCGGAAGGCGACGACACUGUGGACGUCUAGUCAGCAUCGUCAGCUUGCUGCUUCACAUCGCUCCGGACAUCAUCGUUUGGAGAAUGGCAACAGGCUAACUUUCUCAGGAGGGC